UUGCUGCCCUCAAGAGGAAAUCACAACUCAAGUUGUCUAAAUGGAGCGAAGCGAAAGCCAACGAAGAAGGCGACGAAGGAAAAAAGUUGCACUUUGUCAGCCCGGCUCGCAGGAAAUCAGUUUUGGCCCCCAUACUUAAUAAAAUUAAAAACGGCACCGAUGCCAAUGGCAGUGCCGGAGGCGGCACCAGUAACGGCAGUGGGGGCGGCAAUGGUUCAGAUACUGAAAAGAAGUCCAAUGCCACUGAUAGCACAGGUCAUAUUAGUGUGCAAAUAGAACCGGCUAAAAGGGUCAAGCGUCACAGCAUCCACGGCAUGAUGGAGGAGGAGAACAUCAUAAGACCUCAUCAGGAAAUACGCCAAUUGACCUUGGAGGAGAAGAAAUUUCUGUUGGCUGUGGAGCGUGGCGAUAUGGCGGGCACUCGAAGAAUGCUAAUGAAGGCCCAGGAUACUGAUUACAUUAACAUUAACUGUGUGGAUCCUUUGGGUCGCACUGCCCUGCUUAUGGCCAUUGAUAAUGAAAAUCUAGAAAUGGUGGAACUAUUGAUCAGCUACAAUGUGGACACCAAAGACGCUUUGUUACAUUCCAUAUCCGAAGAAUUUGUAGAGGCGGUUGAAGUGUUAUUGGAUCAUGAACAUGUCACCUUUACAAUAGAGGGAAAUCAUAGCUGGGAGUCUUCACCUGAGGAGACAUCAACCUUUACACCCGACAUUACACCUCUAAUACUGGCCGCUCAUCGUGAUAAUUAUGAAAUAAUAAAAAUUUUAUUAGAUCGUGGGGCGGUGCUACCCAUGCCACAUGAUGUGCGCUGCGGCUGUGAUGAAUGUGUUCAAUCACGUCAGGAGGAUUCAUUGCGUCACUCACGUUCCCGCAUUAAUGCCUAUCGCGCAUUGGCUAGUCCCAGUUUAAUUGCCUUGUCCUCAAAGGAUCCCAUAUUAACUGCAUUUGAAUUAUCAUGGGAAUUGAGACGUUUAAGUUUUCUAGAACAUGAAUUUAAGAAUGAAUACCAGGAAUUGCGCAAACAGUGCCAGGAUUUUGCCACCGCUUUAUUAGAUCACACCCGCACCUCUCAUGAAUUGGAAAUUUUACUAAAUCACGAUCCUACCGGUCCAGUUUAUGAGCAUGGUGAACGUAUGCAUUUAAAUCGUUUAAAAUUAGCCAUUAAAUUAAGACAAAAGAGGUUUGUUGCCCAUUCGAAUGUUCAACAGCUUUUGGCGAGCAUAUGGUAUGAAGGUCUACCUGGUUUUAGGCGCAAGAACAUGGCUUUACAAGCUUUAGAUAUAAUAAGAAUAGGUAUGAUGUUUCCCAUAUUUUCUUUGGCUUAUAUAUUGGCCCCAUAUUCCAGUGUUGGCCAGACAAUGAGAAAACCUUUUAUAAAAUUUAUCUGUCACAGUGCCUCGUAUUUUACAUUUCUAUUCUUACUGAUGUUGGCUUCUCAACGCAUUGAGACUUUUAUUGGCGGCUGGUUUUGGACUGACUCUAAAAGUGUAGUUCAUCAGGUGGAGGAGGUGCCAACGAAAAGAGGAGCCAAACCCACGUUUAUUGAAUGGCUUAUAUUGGCCUGGGUUAGUGGUCUAAUCUGGAGUGAAGUCAAACAAUUAUGGGAUGUGGGACUUCAGGAGUAUCUGAAUGACAUGUGGAAUGUCAUUGAUUUUGUAACGAAUUCCCUAUAUGUGGCCACAGUGGCCUUGAGGGUGGUAUCAUUUUUUCAAGUGCAAAAGGAAAUGGUCAUCAAUCCACAUGCCACCGAUCUGCCGCGUGAGCGUUGGGAUGCAUGGGAUCCAAUGCUCAUAUCGGAAGGUCUAUUCAGUGCGGCGAACAUUUUCAGUAGCCUCAAAUUGGUUUACAUAUUUUCGGUGAAUCCACACUUGGGGCCACUGCAGGUGUCAUUGUCCCGCAUGGUAAUGGAUAUUAUGAAAUUCUUCUUUUUGUAUGUUUUGGUAUUAUUUGCCUUUGGCAGUGGUCUAAAUCAAUUGUUGUGGUAUUAUGCUGAUUUGGAGAAGAAACGUUGUCCCGAAGUUUCGCCCACCAAUGUAUUGUUGCAUUUAAAUGGCACCACGGAUCCAAAUGCCUGCAUUGUAUGGAGGCGUUUUUCCAAUUUGUUUGAAACCACUCAAACUUUGUUUUGGGCUGUUUUUGGCCUUAUCGAUUUGGACAGUUUCGAAUUGGAUGGCAUUAAAAUUUUCACUCGUUUCUGGGGCAUGCUAAUGUUUGGCACAUAUUCCGUCAUAAAUAUUGUGGUUCUGUUGAAUCUUUUAAUUGCCAUGAUGAAUCAUUCCUAUCAGUUGAUAUCGGAACGAGCUGAUAUUGAAUGGAAAUUUGCCCGUUCCAAAUUGUGGAUUAGCUAUUUUGAGGAGGGCGGCACUUGCCCUCCCCCUUUUAAUAUAAUUCCCACACCCAAAUCCAUAUGGUAUGCCUUUAAAUGGGCACGUCGUGUAUUCUGCAGUGGUUCUUCUGCGGCGCGGCGAGAGCACUUGAAGACUAUAAGGCGCAAAGCCCAGCAAGCCAAUGAUCGUGAUUUCAAAUAUCAGCAAAUUAUGAGAAAUCUGGUGCGACGUUAUGUGACUGUGGAACAACGUAAGGCGGAAUCUCAAGGCGUAACAGAAGAUGAUGUCAAUGAAAUCAAACAGGAUAUUUCCGCCUUUCGAUGUGAAUUGGUGGAGAUACUCAAGAACAGUGGAAUGGAUACGAAUGUAUCGGCUGGCCAAGGAGGAGGUGGCGGCAAAAAGAAUCGCCAAAAGGAGCGCCGCCUCAUGAAAGGUUUCAAUAUAGCACCUCCCGGUUCUACGGGAUCUCUGGCUCCGGUCGCAGAAUUUUCCACCUCUCUGGAUAAUUUCGAACAGCAGCAUGACAUUUUACACUCGACCCUUUCGAAUCUUUUUACUCCCACAUUUAUGCAGAAAAAGGCAACAUUCAGCGCUGGUGACAGUUUCAACAGUGGCAUGGAAUCACCUACACCGCCACCCUCCCUGGUAUCAACCGUGAAUACGGUACAAUCGGCAAAUAAAUAUAACAAAACCACUUUGAAACCCUAUAACAAACGUAUCGCUGGUCAUAAAAAGAAAUGGGGUACACUGAUUGAAGCAGCCAAAGUGGGCAAUGUAUCGAAAAUGUUGGGUCGUUCAAAGUCUGAAGAUUCGGUGUGUAAUUCAUCGACAACAUCAUCACCUGUACAUGGACAAGUGCGAGUGACCUAUUCGCAGAAUGGACAAAGCUAUUACAGCAGCAAUUCAAAUGAUUCAGCACCAUCGCCUGCUUAUAACGCAGCAGUGAAUAAUACAGCAACGCCCACCAUACGCAAGGAUCAUUUAAAGCCACUGAAUGUUAAUGGACCCCUGGGAGUUCAAGGUUUGACGGCUGGAAGUGCAGGUGGAUCUCACUUCUUCCAUACGCCAACAGGCUCUAAAACGUGUGUCCAGCUAUCCAGCAUCGGAUGGAAAUGCUCAAAACAAGGAUGCAGCACUUGCAGCAAAACCUAGACGCCACGAGCAGACACAAAGUCAGCAUGACUCAGUGGAAACGUCAACGGAAUUCACGCUGGCCAGUGAAAAGCAACAUCUGGACCCAUCCAAUACAUCCGUCAAUUCGCGCGAACCAUUGAUCAGUGGCAGUAGUGGUGCCUCAACGGGUGUGAUCCAUUAGAUGGCACACCUCCGCAACCAAAGCUAAAUCAAAAAGGAAACGAACGGCAGCAAUGGCCCCAUCAAACCCAAAAACCCCCAAACGUAAGUAAAUGAAGGGAAUAAAGAGAAAGAAGAGGCUACAAACAAGAUGAAAAACAAAAAAACCAAUCAUUGUAGUAAAACACUCAGAGUUCAAUGGAACGUAACGCCAACGAACAAACGAAGUGGGCCAUUGCUUUUAUUUUUUGGAAAAAAAAAAUAACAAGAUCAGGAAUUGAUUGUUUGUACAUGAUUCAUUGUGCAUCGUUCAUCGUUUUAUGUGGAAGCAAGUCGUGGGGAGACGAAGGACCAUUGGCUUCAUAAAUUUCAACAAUUUAAAAACGAAAACACCACCCGCAUUUAUGGUUCAACAAACAAUGCUGCCAUAUGGAAACAGAACGAAACACUGCCGUUUCUUCACCAAAAUGAUACCAACCUACCUAAACACUCCACUAUUGAAAACAAAAAUGGGAAAAAACACUAUGAGAAAAAAAAAAACGUAACAAAACAAAAUAUCAACAACCAAAGAAACAAUAAUAAAAUGUUAAGUAUUAAACAAAAUGAGAAACCAAAAAACAAAAAUAUUACAAAGUUUUCUUGUAACAAAAAGAAAACAAAAGAUGCGUAUGCGUAUUUAACCCAAUUUGUGGGAGAAGAAAACACACCACCAAAAUUAAGCAAAACACCA